AUGCAAAACAAAGAUAUAGUGAUCACCGGAAUGUCCGGUCGGUUCCCGAUGUCGGACACUGUGGACGAGUUCGCACACAAUCUCUACGCCGGACGCGAUAUGAUUACCGAUGACGAGAGCCGGUGGCCAAAAGAUUUAUUGGGCAUAAAUUCACGGAUGGGAAAAAUCAAGAACUUUAAGCAAUUUGACUCAUCAUUUUUCGGUCUCAUGGAAAACAUGGUGGAUGAGUGGGACCCUCAUGGGCGAAUACUGCUCGAGGUGGUUUAUGAGGCCAUUGUUGAUUCAGGUGUUAACCCACAGGACCUUAGGGGCAGCCAAACGGGUGUAUACGUGGGUCUCUCGCUGUACGGUAUGGUCGACGGUCUGACCGAACAGAUUGAACCCGAUUUAAGCGCCGCCAACGAGACGGCAAUGUUUCAGACGAUGGCUAAUAUGAAAACACUGAACGCCAACCGUAUAUCCUAUGCGUUCGACUUCAAGGGUCCGUCGCUUAUUGUGGACACCGCCUGUUCGGCCAGUUUGUCGGCCAUGACUUUGGCCGUCAAUGAUUUGCUACUAGGUCACGUGGAGGGUGCGAUAGUGUGCGGGGCGUAUAUGAUGUUCGAGCCGUUCCUAUACCAGUGCCAACAGUCGCUUAACAUAUGCUCGCCUCGAGGCGUGUCGGCGGUGAUGGACGAGUCGGCCGACGGGUUCGUGAAGGGCGAGACUGUGGGCGCCGUUUACCUUCGCCGGCGGGCCGACGCCCGGCGUAUAUACGCCACAGUAUUGGCCGCCCGUAUGGGCGUCGACGGCAAUAAGACUGUCGGCAUGUUUUUCCCUUCAAGUGAGGCUCAGGAGGCACUGAUGGUCCGCACGUAUACCGACGCCGGUGUCGACCCGCGGCGACUCACUUAUUUCGAGGCUCACUGUACCGGCACUAAGGCGGGCGACACCCAAGAAGUGCGGGCCAUAUAUAACGCGUACUGCCAAAGACCGGGCCGUACGGACCCCUUGCCGUUGGGUGUGUUGAAGGACAAGAUCGGCCACUCGGAGGGCGGCUCAGGCAUA